UCUCUACAAACAAGAAUCAAAAUCAUCACUACACAUACUCCAUCAAACAAUAGCGGUCGCUAUCAAAGACGCCCUGUUCUCUCAAAAGAGUGAACGGUUAUAGUGCGUGGAGGGGUUUUGGUUGAGGGUUUUGUGAAAUAUCUCGCGGUUGAGGCAGCUGCUAGAUCUGUGCUACCCCGGAUUCGUAACCUGCUCCUCAUUCAUAAGAGCGCUCCUUCUGCGCUUUCUCUCUUCUUCUGACUAUUAUCUUCUUCUUACUGAACUUCUGGGCGAUGGAAUCUAUAGACAUCUCUGCACUUGCGAUCGCCGACAGCAAGCGCCACCGGAUUGAGACCCUGCCUUACGAUAUCCUGUUUAAGGUCGUCUCCUACCUUCCGACCAAGACGGUGAUUGCUAUGUGCAGUCUAUCGCGCUUUUGGGAGGAGCUAAUACAGGAUAUGCCAACAUUUUGGCGUGAUCUUGAGUUCAUCACAGAUGGGACAGAAGCUGACGACAACCCUGUGAAGUACAAUGCGAAGAAUGCACCAGAGAUUGUGCAAAUAAAUCUCGCGGAUAAUACAAAUGGCACCGUUCUACACCGCAAGGCAUUUCUUUCUCUGCACCGCUUCCUUGCCCGCUUUGAUGCAAUAGAGAGAAACAAAAAUAUGGGUUCAGUUUCGCUAGAUACCAGUCAUAUCUACAGGAUCAUGUAUCAGAUUGCUGAAGAGAUACAGGGGAAUAGGUUAUCAUUGGCUUAUGCACGCCAUGUUAUGUGCUCGAUUACGCCAAAUUCAGCGCUGCGGAGGAGCGAUGCCAAUGCAAGUCAGUAUGCUUGUGGCCUGCCGUGGGAGCUUUUAAGGAUCGCGAGCAGGCUUCAUGUGCCGCUUGAUAUGCUGGCGAUAAUUAUCCGCACUGCGGUCGAGAAGGGUGAGCAAGCAUUACGUCCGGCUCACAUACAGGUGGUUCCUCAGUCUGCAGCAUCAAAUCCUAUCGUAUACAAAGAACUCAGGUGUGGUCAGCUGUUUCGCUCUCUAAAAUCACUGGUAUUCAGCGAAAGCGAGCAUUGGAAUCCUUGUCCUCCUCGUUCUCGUCACGAGAUUUCUCAAAAUCUGCUGGCCCGUCUUCUGGAAGCUACGCCGGUACUGAGCACACUUGCGUUAUGGCACUUUCACGUGUUGUCUGAUGUCGGCAGCGGGCGUCGUGGUAAGGAAGAGACUCUUUACCUGCGCCAACAGCCAAAGUUGUAUGAGGUCGAUUUUUCCGGGACCAUGUUUGCGAGCGGUCUCCCGCUACUAAGUGACAAAUGCGAAUGCUUUUUGCUCCGCCGGUCGCCGCAUGUUGCAGACUUUCUCAAAACAGACUAUCUUCAGCGAGCAAAGAUCCUCAACCUUAGUGACAACCCAGACAUCACUGAUGCAAUACUUCUCGAGUCUUUGAGCUACAAAAGAUUGGGAAGAUUUGAGUACCCAACGGGCUUGAUCUGGCUGGAAAAUUGCACAGGACUUGAGUUUUCAUCUCAAUUGCUUAAGCUAUUGUAUGCUCACUAUCACACGAUCGACAUUAGCCAAAACCAAGCAGUCACGGAUGAUGUUGUAUCUGACUUGCUUCAGGAAGCAGCCGAGGCCCGGAGUUCGUCACCCAAAAAAAAAGGAUAGGGACUACUGCUAGUUGCUUUUUGAAGAGAGACAAUGUCGGCUUUUGCUUGUUUGCGAGAAGGCAAUUGCGAGAGGGCGAUCAAGAGGCACGAGGAGAAGAAGGUGGGACCGAGGGGACCAAAGUACUCUACUUAUACACCUUCCUCUACGAUGCGACACAAGCAAUUACAGAUAGAGAUUGACGAGAUAGUUGGCAAUCGUCCACAGAAUCCCAU